AUGACCUACUUCGAACAGCAAGCCCUAACCACAUCACCAUCCAAUCUAUUUGCUGGUACAAAACAAGGCCAAAACCCAACCCUGCUACUACAUCUUAACCAACAACACCCCCGAGUACAGUUCACCAUCGAAACAGAAAAGGACAACCAACUACCCCUCCUAGAUGUCCUCGUCUCCAGAAGCCCAACAAACAGAAUCCAAACCAGUGUCUACCGGAAGCCCACCCACACCGACCAGUAUAUCCACUUCAACUCCAUCCACCCCCUUAGAACCAAGACUGGCAUCGUCUCUACCCUCACCAAACGAGCCAUCAACCUUUCGUCUGCUGGCCCCAAACUUGAGAUCGAACACCCCCGCCAAGUCUUCACCCACCUCAACAAUCAUCCAUCCAAUCCCGUCGACAAAGUCAUCAUCUCUGUACUCCAUCCCACACCCAGAACUGCCACCCUUAAACCCGAAUCAGCGCCCUUCCGCAUCGCCCUUCCGUUCAUAGAAAAAGCCUCCCACAUCAUCAGCCGCCUCCUCAAACACAAUCUCAUUAACAUCAGAUCUCAGUUCUCGCUACCGCAAAGCAAAGUUAAGAUCUGA